UUUUCCUCUGCUUUCCCUCCUGUUCCCCCCUCCUUCCACCUCAGAAAACCUCUCAUCUUUCAUCUCUCAUUUCUCGUCACCUCAUCCCUCGAAUUAGAAAAAAAAAACAUCAUACUUCCAACUUCCAUCAAACAUGGACCCCCGCAUCCAACCCCUCCUCGGCCUCGAAGCCGUCCGCGCCCGAUCCCGCACCGUUCUCCACCUGGCCGAGCAAGGCAAACUCCACCACUACGACUACCACCCCGAGCGUCUCGACGCGACAGUCGAGUACGUCGUGAGCAUAAUCCAGGCGACCCCAAAAAGCGCGACUUCGGCCCGACCGCUACGACCAAAUCCCCCCCACGGUCGCUGGCAGCACUUCGAAGUGGGCGACGAGCCCAGGAUCCAACAACUGCUCUCGAAAUGGGAUGCAGUGGGGUACGACGACACCGAAAAGGUGCGGAGUCUGCUGGAUCUGUUCUUUGUGUCGGUGCUGCUGGAUGCAGGGGCCGGGGAUACGUGGAGCUUUCGGGAGCCGGGGACCGGGAAGGUUUACACGCGCAGUGAGGGGAUUGCGGUGGCAUCCCUGUAUAUGUUUUUGGAGGGCGAAUUUGCGAAGACGGGGGAGGAGCGGAGGGAUGUUGUGCAUGGUGAGGCGCUACGGACGCUCGGGGUGGAUGUGCUCCGGCGUGGGUUCCAGGUUGAUGACGACAAGAACCCGCUCGUUGGGGCUGGAGCGCGCGUGGAAAUCCUCCAGAGACUGGGUGAAUCGCUGAUGAAUCUCCCGGAUGUGUUCGGUGCGGAUGGCCGACCGGGGCGGAUUGCAGAUCACCUCCUCGCAACGAGCGACGAAAACCUCGACUACGCCACCCUCUGGGCCGUCCUCCAGCGAACCCUCAUCCCCAUCUGGCCCUCCGACCGAACCAAAGUGCACGGACACCCAGUCGGAGACGCCUGGCCGCUUUCCUCGCUGGCAGAAGCCACAACCACAUCCUCCCCCGACCCCUCGACGGCCAACAUCCAACCCUUCCACAAACUCACGCAAUGGCUCGCCUACUCCCUCAAAGUCCCCUUUGAGCGCCUUCUCUCCAAGAAGUGGAAGAACGCCGAGCUGGGCACGGGUCUGCCCGAGUACCGCAACGGCGGGCUAUUCGUGGACAUGGGUGUGUUGACCCUAAAGCCCGCAGCGCUGGAACGCGGACUGCGCAUUUCCGGGGGCGGUCUGCCGUGUUUUGCGGUCGGGGAUGGCGAGAUUGUCGAGUGGCGGGCGAUGACGGUCGCGUUGUUGGAUGAGCUGCACAAGCGGAUCCUCGAGAGUGGGAAGUUCGGGGAUGUGAAGCUGACGCUGCCGCAGAUGCUGGAGGCUGGGUCGUGGAAGGCAGGCCGGCAGUUGGCGGCAGAGAGGAGGCCCGAGACCAAGUCGAGUCCGAUUUUGAAUUCGGGGGAUGGGACGUUGUUCUAGAUGAUCGUUUACAAGACACGCUUUUCCUGC